AUGAUCAGAACUGCCAUCAACUCAUCUGUUUCUAAAUCUUCUUUAUUGAACUUGUCCUCCAAGUUUCUAGCAACAAAGUUGGUUACCACGAAUCUUUCUCAAACAAUUAAUAAAAAUAACCGUUUCAUAAAUAAUACCUCUAGCUUCACGACCAACUAUCGUUCUUUCACCUCCACUUCCAUCAGAAAUUCUACCCGAUCUACUGUUAUUCAAUUACUAAACAACAUUGGCUCAAAACGUGAGGUUGAACAAUAUUUGAAAUAUUUUACUUCUGUUUCGUCCCAACAAUUUGCUAUUAUAAAAGUCGGCGGUGCAAUUAUUAGUGACCAAUUGAAUGAACUAGCUUCCUGUUUAGCCUUUCUAUACCAUGUUGGUUUAUUUCCAAUAGUUUUGCAUGGCACUGGACCACAGGUCAAUCAGUUUUUGGAAAAUGAAAAUAUCGAGCCAGAUUACAUUGAUGGAAUCAGAAUAACUGAUCCUAAAACCAUGAGCAUUGUUAGAAAUUGCUUUAUGGAACAAAAUUUAAAAUUAGUCUCAGCCUUAGAAAAAAUGGGGGUAAGAGCAAGACCAAUAACUUCUGGUGUAUUUAAUGCUGACUACUUGGAUGAAAAAAAAUAUAAACUCGUUGGGCUGAUUAAAUCCGUUAAUAAACAAUCAAUUGAGGCCUCCAUCAAAGCUGGUUGUUUACCUAUAUUGACUUCAUUGGCUGAAACUUCUUCGGGUCAAAUUUUAAAUGUCAACGCCGAUGUUGCUGCCGGCGAGUUGGCGAGGGUUUUUGAACCUUUGAAAAUUGUUUAUCUAAAUGAAAAAGGUGGAAUCAUUAACGGAAACACUGGAGAAAAGAUUUCAAUAAUCAAUCUAGACCAAGAAUAUGAAUCUUUAUUGAAAGAAUCCUGGGUCAAAUACGGUACUAAAUUAAAAAUCAAAGAAAUUAAAGAAUUAUUAACCCACCUUCCAAGGUCCUCUUCUGUAGCCAUUAUUAAUGUGGAUGAUUUACAAAAGGAGUUAUUCACUGAUAGCGGUGCUGGCACUUUAAUCAGAAGAGGUUAUAAAUUAAUAACCAAGAACAAUUUAAGCCAAUUUGAAAAUAUCGAUUUGUUAAGAAAUGUCCUAUUAAGAGAUGAUGACAUUAAAUCUGGUAAAAUUUCAGUUGCGUAUUAUUUAAGAGACUUGGAAAACUCUAAAUUCACUGCUUAUGGUGAUGAACCAUUGGAUGUUUUGGCAAUUAUCAAAAAUAAUGAUAAUAUACCAAUUUUAGAUAAAUUUUUAGCUUCCAAAAAUGGCUGGUUAAAUAAUGUCACAGAUAAUAUUUUUACUCAAAUUAAAUUAGAUUACCCAUCUUUACAGUGGAUUAUCAAAGAAGACGAUCCAAAUAAUGGUUGGCACUUUACUAAAUCUCAAGGAUCAUACCAUAAGAACGGCUAUAUUUUAUAUUGGUACGGUAUUGACGAACCAGCUAAGAUCACCAGAUUAAUUGAUAAUUUUUCAAAUAAAGUUUCAUCAAUUCCCAUAAUUGAAAACACAAUCUUUAAAAACGUUACUCAAAGUAGAAAAAUUUCCACCUUAUCAUUUAAAAGAAAUUUUUCAACAAACUCACCGAAAUAUAACACAUCUGCAACAUCUUCAGGUUCAUUAAAAUUUGGAUUUGAAAAGACUUCCCCAUUAACUAAACAUGAGAAUAAUACCCCUUCGAGUAUUGGCAUCAUUGGAGCUCGUGGAUUCACUGCCCAAAAUUUGAUUUCAAUGGUCAACAAACAUCCAUUUUUAGAGAUAUCAUAUGUUUCAUCAAGAGAAUUGGAUGGUAAACUAGUUGAGGGAUAUGACAAACAAAACAUCUUAUACUCUAAUUUGAAAAUUGAUGAUAUUAAAAAAAUUGAAAACGAAAAGAAAAUCGAUAUGUGGGUUAUGGCAUUGCCAAAUGGCGUUUGUAAGCCAUUUGUUCAAGCAAUUGAAACCAUUAACAAUGGGAAAUCCAAAAUUAUUGAUUUAUCAGCCGAUUAUAGAUUCGAUACCAGUGGUGAAUGGGUUUAUGGAUUGCCAGAAUUAAAUGAUCGUUCCAAGAUCGCAAAUGCUAAAAAAAUUAGUAACCCAGGUUGUUACGCUACUUGUGCUCAAGUAGCAAUUAAGCCAUUACUAAAUUAUAUUGACAGAAAUCAAGUGCCAACAAUUUUCGGUGUUUCCGGUUAUUCAGGAGCAGGUACAAAACCAUCUAUCAAGAAUGAUGUUAAAUUUUUAAGCAAUAAUUUAAUUCCUUACUCACUAACAGAUCAUGUUCAUGAAAAAGAAAUUUCAUCUCAAUUAGGCAUCGAUGUUGGUUUCAUCCCCCAUGUUGCCCAAUGGUAUCAAGGUAUAACUUUGACCAUCUCUAUUCCAUUGAACGCCAAACUAACAGCUAGAGAUAUCAGAAACUUGUACCAAGAUACAUAUCAAGAUGAACAGUUAGUGACAGUCAGUGGAGAAGCCCCAUAUGUCAAAGACAUAAGCGGCAAACAUGGUGUUGUUGUUGGUGGAUUUGCAGUGAACUCUAAGCAAAACAGAGUUGUUAUUGUUGCUACCAUCGAUAACCUCUUAAAGGGAGCUUCUACCCAGUGCUUACAAAACAUCAACUUAGCAUUGAGAUAUGGCGAGUAUGACGGUAUUCCAGAUGACUUGACCAUUCGUGGAUGAGCAAACAGCAUCAUUAAAUAUUUAACUAUAUAACCUCUUCAUACACUUUCAAUUCUGAUUUUAUUUCGCACACUCUUUCCGCCCACGAACACCCCGAUGCUAAACGCCCCUCACUGGGUUCAGAGGGACUGGCCGUAGCAACUUUGCA